GUACUGGUUAUAUGCUGCUGUUAGUUGCAAGUGUUUAUUGAUGACAAAUGAUGAAAUGAGGGACCACUUGUUCCAGUUGCUCGGGACUUCCUUUUUUCCAAGAUGGAAGGAAAAGCAUCAGGUUCGGCUGUCAGUAUCACGAUCUGGAAUUGCUUUGCACAUGCCUCCCACUUAUUCAAUUGUUAUUCAGGAGUCAGAAAAUGGUAGUUGGCAUGUCCCGACAACAACACACGAUGAUCUUGAGACUCCAAGACAGUGGUUAUGUGCCACUCGACCUGUCAAAUGA